GCCCAGGAUCCUGUCAUGCUUGGCCUUUGGCUACUCAGCAUCCUAUGGACACCAGCAGUAGCCUCUGGACCUCCUUUGCCCCACGUAGAACAGUAUGAGAUUGUAUGGCCUCGGCGCCUAGCGGCAUCCCGCUCCCGCAGAGCCCUGCCCUCCCACUCGGGCCAGUACCCAGAGACUCUGAGCUAUACUCUUGAGACCAGUGGGCACACUUUCAUCUUGCACCUUCGGAAGAACAGGGACCUGUUGGCCUCAAGCUACAUAGAGACCUACUCAGCAGCCAAUGGCUCUGAGGUGACAGAACAGCUGCAUGGGCAGGACCACUGCCUUUACCAAGGCCAUGUGGAAGGGUACCAGGGCUCAGCUGCCAGCCUUAGCACCUGUGCUGGCCUCAGGGGCUUUUUCCAAGUUGGAUCCACUGUCCACUUGAUUGAGCCCCUGGAUGGUGAGGAAGAGGGGCAGCAUGCAGUGUACCAGGCAAACCACCUGCAACAGAAGGCUGGGACCUGUGGGGUCGACGAGACCAGUCUGGAUGACGGAGGGCCGAGGGCCUUAGAAAUCUACAGGUCUCAGCCCAGGAACUGGCUAAUACCCAGAGAACCCCGCUAUGUGGAGUUGUAUGUGGUCACAGACAGCCAAGAGUUCCAGAUGGUGGGGAGCAGAGAGGCCGUGCGCCAGCGAGUGCUGGAGGUUGUAAACCACGUGGACAAGCUUUAUCAGGAACUCAAUUUCCGUGUGGUCCUGGUGGGCCUGGAGAUCUGGACCACGGACAAGUUCUACAUCAGCCGCUAUGCCAAUGUUACACUGGAGAACUUCUUAUCCUGGAGGGAACAGAAUUUGCUGGGGCAGCACUCACAUGACAAUGUACAACUUAUCACGGGCAUUGAUUUCAUUGGGACCACUGUUGGACUGGCUAAGGUGUCUGCUCUGUGUUCCCGGCACUCAGGAGCUGUGAACCAGGACCACACCAAACACUCCAUUGGUGUAGCAUCUACCAUGGCCCACGAGCUGGGCCACAACCUGGGCAUGAGCCAUGAUGAGAACGUUCCGGGCUGCUACUGUCCUGUGCCACUUGAGGGUGGUGGCUGCAUCAUGACUGGACGCUUUGGCUCCAAGUUCCCCAGGACAUUCAGCAGGUGUAGCCAGGUUGACUUAGAGUCAUUCGUGGUGAAGCCCCAGACAAGCUGCCUGAACAAUGUCCCAGAUGUCAACCGGUUCGUGGGUGGCCCUGUGUGUGGAAACCUAUUUGUGGAGCGUGGAGAGGAGUGUGACUGUGGCACACCUCAGGACUGUCAGAACCCUUGCUGCAAUGCCACCACUUGCAAGCUGGCCAAGGGGGCAGAGUGUGCUUCCGGUGCCUGCUGUCAUGAGUGCAAAGUGAAGCCAGCUGGUGAGCUAUGUCGCCCCAUGAAGGACAAAUGUGACCUGGAGGAGUUCUGUGAUGGCCAGAAGCCAGCAUGUCCUGAAGAUUCCUUCCAAGAGAAUGGCACCCCCUGCCCAGGGGGCUACUGCUUUGAUGGGAGCUGCCCCACACUGACACAGCAGUGCCAGCAUCUGUGGGGGCCAGGCUCCCGGGCUGCAUCAGACACCUGCUCUACUUUUACCAUCCCUCAAGGCUGCAAUGGCAGGAUGCUCCCUGGCAGGAUCAACCGAUGUGGGGUGCUGUACUGUGAGGGAGGCCAGAAACCCCUUGAACGUUCCUCCUGCACUUUCUCCUCCCACUAUGGAAUGUGCCAAGCUCUCCAAACGGACAGCAACACCGGCAGCUAUGAGCUGGUACUCCCAGGCACCAAGUGUGAGGAGGGGAAGGUUUGCAUGAAUGGACACUGCCAGAGCCUCCAUGUAUACAGAUCUGAGAACUGCUCUGCAAAGUGCAACAACCAUGGGGUAUGCAACCACAAGAGGGAAUGCCACUGCCACUCAGGCUGGGCCCCGCCCUACUGUGCACAGAUGCUGGCAAAUGUACCAGAAAAACAAAUGGCAUCUAGGAGCCUCCCAGUCAGUGUGACGGUGGUCUUGGUGAUCCUGGCGGCUGUGAUGGUCACCCUGGCAAUUGUCAUCAUCUACCGAAGGCCCCAGAGACAAGUCCAAAAGAGGAGUGUGGCACCCAAGCCUACCACAGGGCUUUCGAACCCUCUAUUCUACACUGGGGACAGCAGCCUGCCAGAUAAGAACAGGCCUCCAGGCCCUCCAGAGAUAGUUUCUACCAGCCAGCCCCCAAGACCCACAAUGACACCAAAGAGGCCUCCUCCCGCACCCCCAGGUGCCGUGUCCAGCCCACCACUCCCAGUUCCUGUUUAUGCCCAGAAGGUACCAGAUCUGCUUAGCCCUGUUCCACCCACCAAGCCCCUCCCAAAGCUGAAACCUAAGCAGGUCAAGCCAACCUUUGCACCCCCGACACCACCAGCCAAGCCUGGCACUGGAGAGACCACCAUGCCUGGAGUGACUCAGGAAGCUGGUGGGCCAAAGGUUGCUCUGAAGGUCCCCAUUCAGAAGAGGUGACCAGCUAGGGCACCUCAGGGCCAUCGUAGGCUUGUGGAAGUUUGGAGAUACCAGUGCCCCUAUGGACAUGCUCCUUCAGCAACAGCCCCCACUCAGACUGGACCUGCACACCGUUUCUACCUCAGGAAUAAUCUCUGCGGCUC